CAAACGGACCGCAGUGCGCACUGGCAAACUGUUGCGCGCUUUGGUGCUGCUGUUUCUCAGAAUAAGGACACUUUUCUUCCCCCCGCUGGUGUUUAAAUGGUUUUGCUCAUCUGGACAUGACGGGACCGAGAAGAAAAGCAUCAAAACUUUCCUAGCGGCACAAACAAUGAGCGGAAUCUAAAAAUCUCACUCUGCAGAUUGAGAUCGACUCUGGUUCUUUUAGUCAUGAACACAGCAGAACAAUUAAACAUGACUCAAGUAGAAGAUUAUCAGCUUCAACCUUCUAACUGCUGCUCAACCGCGUACACAGUGUAUGGUGAGAACUUUCUCAUGGAGGAUGACAGCACAAGGCUGGUUGCAGUUCAAGUUAUCCUGAUCCUCGCUUACAGCACAAUCAUCUUGUUUGGAGUCACUGGGAACUCCUUAGUGAUAUACGUCGUCUACAAGUUCAAAAACCUGCGGACCGUGACCAAUUUCUUUAUCGUAAACUUGGCUGUUGCUGACUUGCUCGUAAACACGCUGUGCUUACCUUUCACCCUUGUCAACACCCUCUAUGGCAAAUGGAUGUUUGGUCAGGUGUUAUGCUUCAUGCUACCCUGUGCUCAAGGCAUGGCUGUGCACGUGUCCACCAUCACUCUGAAUAUCAUCGCUCUGGACCGCCACAGGAACAUUGUCUACCACAUGGAGACUAAGAUGUCCAAAGACAUGUGUGCUGUUGUUAUCGUCAUCACGUGGGCCGUCAGUGCCCUGUUGGCCAGUCCGCUUGCCAUUUUCAGGGAGUACGAGAUGCUUGAUCUGUCACCGGCCGAUACUCUUCACGUGUGUGCGGAGAAGUGGCCGGGAAGCAGCAUGAAUGGAGGCAUCUACAGUAUAUCGAUGCUUCUGGUUCAGUACUGUUUGCCUUUAAUAAUCAACUCUGUCGCUUACAUUCGCAUCUGGAAUAAACUGAAGAAUCACAUGGCUCAUCGAAACGAUCGAAAUGACCGUAAUCAGCGAAGGAAGAAGACCACCAAGAUGCUCCUGACCAUGGUGGUGGUCUUCGCCGUCAGCUGGUUGCCUUUCCACGCCUUCCAGUUGGCCGUUGACAUCGACAGCAGCGUGCCGUACAUGAAGGACUUCAAGCUGCUUUUCACUGUGUUCCAUAUCAUAGCGAUGUGCUCAACAUUCGUCAACCCCAUCCUGUACGGCUGGAUGAACAACAACUACAGGAUGGCUUUUAUGUCUGUGUUUAAGUGUUACCCACUUUCCAGCGUGACCGCGAGAUGCUCCAAAGCCAGAGAGACACAGAAAGAGGAAGAUGGGGUUUGUACUGACUGUAAAUCCACAAAUGUCUAAAGUUGCACAAUUUAAGGGAAUGGACUGAUAAUUAGUUGUUCAAAUGUGAAGUGUGUAUUUUAUGUUUAUUUUGGGCAUUUUGACCACACAUAAUAAUGGAUGAUGAAAAUGACUUUUUAAAUGUUUUAAAGGGCUUAAACUUUAAAGUAGCUAACUUCUAACAUCAAAUAGAGCAACAAAGGGGGGUAUCAUUAACACACCUGUGAAACUGUACUCAUGGCUUCGUGACAUACAUGUCUAUGUCUUUAAUCUUAAUCAUUUAAAAUACGUCAGGAUCCAAUCUGCCAUCUGCAAUAUACUGGUGUUAUCUACAUUUUUGCAGUCUGAAAAAUAGCUGACAAAUACCCACUGCAAUAUGAACUUCUUCUCAAUUUUGAUUUCUGUUGCAACGCCACCAGUACAGCUCUCUUACAAUAUCUGCAUGAUAUGAAUUGAUUUUAAGCUUUUCUGAUUUUUUCUUUAUUAACAUUGUUUGAAGUUUAUUCGAAUUCUUGCCUUUUUCUGAUUGUUCAUCCUAAUAAUUUAUUUUCCUGCUCACGCUGAUGCCAGGCUGCACAGACCAGUACCCUAAUGGCGUAUUUAUUGACACAUUUUACUGAAAUGUAGCAAAGUUUUGACAUGUUUAAUUAAUUAAUUUAUUAGCUAAUUAGAUAAUUCUCUCACAAUAUGAAUAAAUAAUUAAAACAGUAAGCAUUUUAGCACAACACCAAACUUCUAUGUCAAAAUGAAAUUUUGGAGUCUAACCUAGCAAUUACUUUUCAAACAAUUAAACCUUUAGAGGUGCUCACACUGUAUCUGGUGCUCACAUUUGUGAACAGAGAAAAAGAGAAGUUUGACAACUGUAUUGGUUGUUCUUAUAGGGUUAUAUGUCGGUAUAAAACUCACUGAAACAAAAUAAUUACAGAAAAAUGAAAAAUGUAAAGUAAAGAAAAAAAAAGUACUGUUUGAUCCUGUCCUUUGUUAUGCUCCACACAUCACGUUGUCCACAUCAUGACCAGUGCCAUCUGUGGCUUGGCAACGGGGAAGAGAUCCCCUUGCUCUUCUGUUGAGUGGACUGAAAUCACAUUGAUGUACUUGCAUGCUUUUCAUUGUUUGAAAAAGAGGACCGGACCAAGGUUUGUUCUUGGUUCUGAUCUUCUCCCUCCUAUUCCCCUUAUCUUCCUCUUCCUCCUACUCUCUUUAUCUCAAAGUUUGCAGAGUUCUUACAAAGGAGUUGAGCUACUAAGGUUCAGACUGCCUGUUGUAUAACUGAUUUCAAGUAUGUGUGGGUGUUUCCAGGUAUGUUUGGCAAAGACUGGAGAGAAGUGUUAUCUCAGUGAUUGCAAGAGAUUUCAUUCUUCACCAACGUGUCGGAAGAAACACGUGUGGUGUUUAACAAGCAGUGUUCUGCACAAUUGCAUCGGAUUACAAAGUAUUAAAGAAUAUCUGCCCUUCUCGUGCUUUUGCUAAUAGAUAGAUUUGUUACUUUCAUUGUGCAUCGUUGUUCCAUGAAUCUUUGUUCGACAGCAGUCUUUUACACAGGAGCAUAUAGAAUAAAUAAAAUAAGAAGAAUAAAAAGAACCUAGGCCGUACUAAAUUGGCUGUUGCUAAGUGUUUGAGUUGGAUUGUGCAAUUAAGAAUAAAUACACAAUAAUAAAUAACAGACAAAUUAUGAUAUAAUUGAAAGAAUUGAAUAUCCAGUGAAUUAAAAGUUUAAGUUGCCAGUUCAGCUCAGGCUUCCAGAGUUGUAAAGAUAUAGUUGGAAAAGUUAAUGUAUCCAUGUUUCUGUCUAAGCAUUCACUUUCAACGUGUAAGAAAGCAGCAAAGCUGUCAUCACUGGUUUACAAGGUUAACAAACUGUGGCAAAAUGCCAAUGUGCUAUUAGGAGCUCUAUAAUGACAGUGUUUGCAGUGAUGGUACAAAUAUACUAUAAAUUCCAUCUAUACAAUUACAGUUAUGCUGAUCAUGUGCUUUCCUGUGCUUCUCAUAGCAUCAAUACAUUUAGAGACGAUUCAGCAGAAGAGCCCAGCUGAGACAAGCAAGUGAAACCAAGAACAGGCUUUUUACCCGAAUUAUCAUAUAACUGUUAAAUCCUUGCAUCUACUUAAUUUUUCCUUAAACUUUUACGUGUGGUUAAUGCAAAACUCUUAAACUCUUAUUUCUGACAUUAAGCUGCUCUUUUCUAACUAAUCUGCAUCGUAAACAACACUUAAUCUGAUUGGGUUUUAAAUACUUCUUUGAUGCUCUUGUUAAUGAUCAUGAUUUGAAUGCAUGGUUUGAAUAGGAGUCGUGAAUACGUUGAAAUUUUGACUGUGAUCAUCUGUGAUUAUUCUUCAAUAUAUGAAAGCAGGUUAUGCUGAAGAAAACUGUUUACAAUGAUGACGUUAUUGCCUUCCUGUGUGAAUUAACCUUCAUACACCCUUAUUUUAUUGAUAGACAAUGAAUAUUAAAUAUAUUUUAAUUUGUGACAUGUAAAUUUAACAAAUUUAAGAAAUGGCAUGUGAAGUAAAUUCCACAAAUUAUUCUGUCCUUGUUUUAAAUUUGAGAUUCAUUUGAAAUUUAGUGGUGUCUUAGCUGUAGUUGCAGAAGUUUGCAUGUUUUUUUUUUUAGUUUAAUUCUGAGUUCAACAGGAAAGUAAAAUAGUUCCUACCCCUCCCCGACUUGUCUUUGUUUGCAGUGAGCAUUGUAAUCACCACUAUUUACUCUUGCACUGAUUAUCUCGGCGCUCAGGUUUUGAAGUGUUCUUCCUGUUGACCGCGUCCUUAGUGAUUUACUUUACGUGUACGUGAGGAGCCGAGGGACUGGGAUAUUGGCUGUGGGUCUCCAUUUUUAGUAAGCUAUUCAUGGUGUAUUCAGCAUUAAAUCAAUAAUUGUUUCUUUGGCUGUCUGGCAGAGCAGGUGCUGCUGUCACAAAGCAUCUGUCCAGGAUGAGGGUACAUGCUAAUCAAGUAAAUUGAACAAUAGCUUUAAAACGAAUUCGAUUUUAUUCUUUUUUGCUGAUCGCCAUGUCUUUUGGCUUUCAUGCCAGAAAGCACUUAAGUCACCUGCCAUGUCAAUCUCACGACUUUCCGUCAAUAUGUAUUAAUAUUUAAUUAAUGACAUUUUGUUAGAUAUCGUGAGCAUUGAUUUUGCCAAUUAAUUUUAUUCCCAUUGUGAAAUAAUUAGAUGGCGUGGCAGGAUAUUAAUCAGUUGGAUCACAUGUAGAGAAAAGAGUUUUAUUGGUUAUUGGUGAUUCCCUGGGUUUCUUCAGCCACUUGAGGUGGUUUCAUUGGCUUUCUGUUAUUAUAUAUAGUAUAUGGCACUGUGCAAAAGUCUCGAGUCCUCCCUGAUUUCUUCAUGUUUUCCCAGAAAAAUUUGAAAUAAGUGUAGUGAUUUACUGAAAUGUGCAAACAUACAUGGAAAUACAGCAUAUAAGGCCAAAACAAGGUUUAUAAUUUUAAUGAGCUUGAAAGUAAAUAUUCAUUAUAUAUUCGAUAAUUGUCAUGUGAAAAAAUUAAGUCAUGCUUUCCAGGUCAUACUGCAUGGUGAAUCAAAAUCUGAUUUUUUUUUACAAGAUCUCCAACACUACUGGCUGAAACAUGGCCCCAAACCAUGACAGAGCCUCCACCGUGUUUUACAAAUGGCUGCAGAUACUCACUGUUGUACCUUUCUGCUGACAUCCUCCAUACAUACUGAUGACAGAUUGAGCUAAAAAUGUUCAAUUUAGAUGAAUUACUACAAGGCCAGUGAUUUUCAGUCCAGUUCCUGUGUAAUUUGGCACACCUCAGCCUUUUCCCUUCACUUCCUUUCCUGAAGAAUUGCUUCUUGAUAUGCACCGUUCCACUGAGAGCAUUCCUGAUGAAGCUUCAGUGAGGAGUAGAUGGAUCAAAGGUUCAGAUGUAUCUUUUAGGUCCAGUGUCUGGUCUUUGCUGGAUUUUUCCCCCCAUUUCUCAAGGACAUGACUUUCAGACACUGCUUAUCUGCUAAAGAUCAUUUUUAAGCUUUCCACUUACUCUUUUGUCUUACGCGUGUCCACACUGCACAUCAUGUUGGGAUAUGCCAAGGUUUUGGCUAAUAGUUCUUUGGGAAUCAGUGUGUUGGUACAACAAGGCUAUUUCAUGUCUGUCAAACUGUAUUAUCUUUGACUUUUUUAUGUAUUCAACAAAGGAAAUGGAAACAAAUGUUGUGUUUUUGCAACAGCGUCAUAGUAAAACUUAAAUAUUGGUUCUCUCUUAAGCUGUCAGUUACUUGUAGAAACAACACUUUUUCAUCCUUUGGUCGUUUUUUUAUGCUUGAAUCAUUUGUAGGUCAAUGUUAAGUUUUGUAACAAACAACAACAUUUAUCUGAAAACGAUCAGGCACAAGUACUGGACUGAAAAUGAGUGAAAAAGCAGUAUUUUCUGUCUACUAUACGUUCAUUGCACAACUGAAAUACAUUGUAUUUGCUUGACUGAAAUUUGCAUCAGAGGGUAAAGUGGUGCAGGUGAAGUCUAAAAUUUAUGUUAAUGUGUUGAUCUAAAGUGAAAGUUUGUGUGCAAACCAUUUCCAAUAAACUUUUAA